AUUCCAAAUCGAAGGCCAAAUUCCCUCGCAAUCAACACAAGGAAUCUCCUUCUCCGUCGCCGCUCUUUUCUCUGUAACCCUAAUUUAUGUUCUUUAAGUCACCAAUCUUCACUUGUUAUCUCGUCGCCGUUUGAUUUCAGUCACUAUUGUUACACUUGUAUCGCGAAUAAUAUUUCGAUGGAUGAUUCAUCUGAUUGUGGGAGGAUACGGAAUAUAUGCAUUCUUGCUCAUGUUGAUCAUGGCAAAACCACCCUUGCUGAUCACCUGAUUGCUUCGUGUGGAGGAGGGGUUCUCCAUCCAAAACAAGCUGGUAGGCUUCGAUUUAUGGAUUAUUUAGACGAAGAACAAAGGAGGGCAAUAACCAUGAAGAGUUCUUCCAUUGGUCUUCAAUUUAAAGGUCAUUCCAUAAACCUUAUUGAUUCACCUGGCCAUAUGGACUUUUGUAGUGAGGUUUCAACUGCUUCUCGUUUGAGCGAUGGAGGUUUGGUUUUGGUGGAUGCUGUUGAGGGUGUUCAUAUUCAGACCCAUGCUGUUUUACGUCAGGCGUGGAUCGAAAAGCUUACACCUUGUUUGGUUUUGAAUAAGAUCGAUAGGUUGAUUUGUGAGCUUAAAUUGAGUCCCAUGGAGGCUUACAAUCGUCUCCAGAGAAUCGUUCAUGAAGUUAAUGGGAUCGUUAGUACUUACAAAUCUCAAAAGUAUUUAUCAGAUGUCGACUCCAUUCUUGCUGGACCUGCUGGUGAAUCAAAUGAUGAAAACCAGGAGUUCAUAGAGGAUGAUGAAGAAGUAACUUUCCAACCACAAAAGGGUAAUGUUGUUUUUGUUUGUGCCUUAGAUGGAUGGGGAUUUGGUAUUUGUGAGUUUGCCGAGUUUUAUGCUUCUAAACUAGGAGCUAGCUCUGCUAGUUUGCAGAAAGCUUUAUGGGGUCCUCGAUACUUUAUUCCAAAGACGAAGAUGAUUGUGGGCAAGAAAGGACUGGCUGCCGGAAGCAAGGCUCGCCCUAUGUUUGUUCAGUUUGUGCUCGAGCCAUUAUGGCAAGUCUACGAAGCAGCCUUGGAAACAAAUGGGGAUAAAGGGAUACUUGAAAAGUUAAUCAAAUCAUUCAAUUUAUCUGUUCCUAAUCGUGAACUGCAAAACAAAGAUCCAAAAUCCGUUCUCCAAUCUGUCAUGAGCCGAUGGCUUCCUUUAUCAGAUGCCAUUUUAUCUAUGGUGGUUAAACAUAUACCAGACCCUAUUUCUGCACAAUCGUUCCGUGUGUCACGCUUGCUUCCAAAAAGAGAGAUUUUAGAUAGUGCCAUCAGUAACUCUGAUGUGAUCGCUGAGGCUGAGCUCGUGAGGAAAUCCGUUGAGGCUUGUGAUUCACGAAGUGAAUCACCAUGUGUUGCUUUUGUAUCCAAGAUGUUUGCGGUUCCUAUGAAGAUGCUACCUCAAAGAGGCGUAAAUGGGGAUCUUCUGCACAAUCAAACAGAAGAAGGCGGAAAUGGAGAUUCCGACGAGUGUUUUCUAGCAUUUGCGAGGGUUUUUAGUGGUGUUCUUCAUUCGGGCCAGAAGAUCUUUGUGCUAUCGGCAUUGUAUGAUCCACUUAAAACGGGAGAAUCGGUUCAGAAGCAUAUUCAAGAAGCUGAGUUGCAUUCUUUGUAUCUGAUGAUGGGCCAAGGCUUAAAACCAGUGGCUGCAGCCACGGCUGGAAAUGUCGUCGCCAUUAGAGGCCUCGGUCACCAUAUCUUGAAAAGCGCUACUCUAUCUUCAACGAAGAACUGUUGGCCAUUCUCCAGUAUGACAUUUCAGGUUUCACCAACUCUGAAAGUUGCUAUUGAGCCAUCCGAUCCGGUCGACAUGGCGGCACUUAUGAAAGGGCUUCGGCUUUUAAACCGUGCAGACCCGUUUGUGGAGGUGAGUGUUUCCGCUAGAGGCGAGCAUGUUCUUGCUGCUGCAGGUGAAGUUCAUCUGGAAAGAUGCAUUAAAGAUUUAAAAGAAAGGUUUGCAAAGGUGAACUUAGAAAUUUCACCACCUCUUGUGUCUUUUAGAGAAACCAUUGAAGGGGAUUCAUCAAAUCCUUUUGAUAAAUUAAAAUCUUUUAUCGGGAGUUCUAACGUUAUUGAAAGAACGACACCGAACGGAAGGUGUAUGGUUCGUGUCUACAUUUUGAAACUUCCUGAUGCCCUUACGAAAUUGCUAGACGAAAGUUCCGAUCUGCUUGAGGAUAUCAUCGCAGGUAAAGCAAUUCAGCUUAAAUCAAGCAUCGGAGCUCAAGAUGAUGAUCAUCCAGUAGAAGCUCUUCGGAAACGCAUCUGGGAUGCCAUAGAAAGUGAAUUUUUAGAUGGGAAUGAGAAAGAUAAAGAUCGAGCCGAAAAGUAUAAACUUUUAUGGGAAAAUCUUCUAAAACGGAUCUGGGCUUUGGGGCCAAGACAAGUCGGUCCAAACAUGCUCAUUCUCCCGGAGCCGAGUACCACAAUCAUGGGUUCUUCCGUUCUCAUACAGAGUUCUCCUUACGUAUCUGAAAGACUGGGUUUCACAGAGGUUUCCAUCAGUGACAGAUUAGCAAGCGAGUCGUCAGAAAUUCGAUCACUGAACGAAGAAGCAGAGAGCCUCAGAAGCAGCGUAUUAUCUGGGUUCCAAGUUGCCACUGCGGCUGGUCCUUUGUGCGAUGAACCCAUGUGGGGUUUGGCGUUUGUGGUCGAGGCUGCCAUUUUUCCAUUUGUUAGUGAAUCUGAAGCCAUUCAUCAACAAGCUCAAUCCGAGCAAUACGGGGUGUUUUCUGGACAGGUUAUGACCGCGGUUAAAGAAGCCUGUAAAGCAGCUGUUCUUCAAAAGAACCCUCGGAUCGUUGAAGGCAUGUAUUUUUGCGAGUUGAAUACACCGACGGAAUAUUUAGGACCAAUGUACGCUGUGCUGGCACGUAGACGAGCCCGGAUCUUAAAGGAAGAAAUGCAGGAAGGGUCCCCGUUGUUCACAGUGCACGCAUACGUGCCGGUUGCCGAAAGCUUCGGAUUUGCCGAUGAGCUGAGAAGAUGGACUUCUGGGGCUUCAAGUGCUCUGCUUGUUCUUAGUCACUGGGAAGCACUUCCUGAGGAUCCGUUUUUCAUACCGAAAACCGAAGAGGAGAAAGAAGAGUUUGGAGACGGUUCUAGCGUUCUACAAAACACUGCACGGAAACUAAUCGAUGGGGUUCGGCGGCGUAAGGGCCUCCCGGUCGAGGAAAAGGUCGUUCAGCACGCUACAAAACAGCGAACACUGGCUCGUAAGGUUUAGAAAAUUUUGAUUCAGUUUCUACAUUUGCUAAUGUAUUGCAUCCCAAAACAUUAUACACACUUUACUGUGCAUCUCAAUUCAUCUUUUUGUUGGAGUCAUCCAUU